AUGACAGUCGAGUCCCUGCGAGCAACUUUGCGCAAAGGCAAUCCUCGCCCGAGCCCUGGACCUGACAACUGGGAAAAGUGUAACUUCUUGCUCAACAUCCCUUUCACAUGGCUCAAUUCACUUCUUAUCCCUUACCUCGCUAGACUUCGUGUCCUUCCCAAAGGGCAGGUUGCAACACAACUGGGUGUUCAAGGAAGGGACCUGACAUCCUUUCUUUCGCAGUUGGAAUGUUGGUCAAAUCGUCAUCACACACCAUUAUUCCUCCUUCGCAGAGACCAACAGAAAGGCUUCGACAAACUCGAACCUCAAGGAUUUUAUGACGCCAUCACUGCUUACGUCACUGUCUCCUCCAUCCAGCAUAUGGAUCAUAGGGAGCAUGUCCCAGCUGACCGCCUAUCACUUGCGCUUGCAAUGUGCGAGGCAACAGAUGACUCCUUGCUUUUUGCAGGGAGUCUACCAUCACUCGAACGGUCUUGUUUGGCAAUGGAGCGUUUUCAGGCUGCCUAUGGAUGGCUCACCAAUUGGGACAAAUCAGCGGUGUUUGUUCUCAAUGUCCCUGAUCCUCCGAUGUCUCUUUCACUGCCCUCUGUGUGGCCCGCUGACCCGACUUCACCAACAGUGUGUAUGCGCUCUGUUCGCGUGAUUACAUCUCACGUCGAAUUUUUGCGUGUGUCUGUCAAUGAUCCACUCACACAGUUUGCAAAAAUACGUGACAUCAUUGUUUCAUUCAGUUUCCCUCGUAUGCACUGCCAAUUACCACUCACUGCUCUACGUCGCAUUAUAUCACAGUGUCUCGUGUCUCGUAUUCGCCCCCUUCUUGCCUUCCAGCCAGUAACAAGAAUCCAAGCACAACAACUGGAUCAUAUGAUUGCACGACAUGUGCACGACUACUACCGCUUCCCAUUCCAUUUCAAUUCCACACUUCUCUCCUUGCCCACUGACCUCUUUGGCAUGGGCUUUCCCUCCAUCUCCCGUCUCAAUGACACACUCGCACUCCAGGUAACCGCCGCAACAGGCUCACUUGUGGGGUCUUUGGAUAACUACGCUAACGGAGCAACCAUCCUCCACGGGGAAGUGUACGGUCUUAUCGUAUCCGCUUUGUUGGCUCGUUCAGGUGGUGUGCCAAACACCACAAUUCACAGUGAUCAUCUAAAUGCUGUACGCAUUAUGGAAUCAAGCAUCGUCUCGCCCCUUCUACCCCACUCCUGGUCUACAUUACCCACAUGUUCACUCUAUCGUUGGCUAUCAUCCAUUCUAUCAUCCUCUUCUAAUCCUCCCACUCUCUCACACAUCAAGGCUCACACCACUUCAUCCUCCCUUCCUGCCCAAGCUAAUGUGAUUGUCGAUACAUUUGCUCGUGAUUCUCAUACUCGAUUAAUUCGCCCUUAUCCUGUUCCGUCCGCGACAUUUACACUCAAUACUUUCUCACUAUAUUCUUCGACUUCAAAAUUCAUUGAUACCCUUGCGCUGCCUCUUUAUGACUCGCAUGCUCCACCAGAACACCCAUAUGUGCGCACACCAUAUGCAUUUGCGGCAUUGGUACAACUCUAUGCACGUGUGUUUUUCACUCGUCUGCAAAAUACCUCUCCAUGGUGCCGCUUUGGAUGCAAGUGCUUGGAGACUCCACACCAUCUAUUUGUCCAGUGUUUUUUAGAUUCAGAGGCUGAUAGAUAG